AUGGAACAAAAGAUUUAUACAACCUAUAACGUGCCUUUCACAUCAAAGAAGUCAUCAAAAUUCACCGCAAGGAAGCUGUCUAGAAAGGUUUUCGAAGCACUUGCUUGGUUUCUGUCUUCAAUUUUAUUCUGCUGUCAAAGGGAACUGAACGCUGCAAGAAAAGUAACAAGACUGGAAGAACUACCUAACGAAAUUCUCCUGAAGAUUAUCUCGUACUGUGACUUCUCGUCGAAAAUGAACAUGCGGGCACGAGAGCUUCCAGUUCUGUAUUUGAAGGUGAAUCAUCGUCUUUGCGCCCUAGUCGAGAAGAGAGCUCAUGUUUUAGUACGGCGUAACAUCAUUGGUGGUAUUGAGAUCAGGCGAGAAGAAAGUCACCCUUUCACAUGCUCUAGCUUUUAUGUUACCCUCUGCCGCCCUCUAAAGCAAGUGGAGAUCAUGGUUCCGGCCACCCGUCUUCCAAAUAUCAUGAGACACGUAUGCGUCUGCCAUUCCCUCAAGCUCUGUGAUGUUCCACUAGACGAAGUUUUAGCUUCGAAUAUUCUCGCUGCCUCGUUCAGAGCUGUCAGCGAUGUGGUCAUUGACAGGGUUCACACUGUCACGGCCAGUACACUUGCCAAGCUCAUCGAUAAAGCGUAUCCAUCGAACAAGCUGAUUUUGUGUAAUCACUGCUCCAUUCAGUCCUUGGAGGCGUUAGCGCCCGAACUUGUUAUGUGUUGUCCUGCGCAGGAUGUGAGCAUAGAACCAAGUGUAGCUCUGCUGCAUCAUAUGUUUGACGAUUCGGCUCUAGAGCGCCUCGUCAUUUCAGACCUUGCUAUUCGUCGGAACAUUCGCCUCCCUUUAUGUGCAAUCACUCAUCGUGGAAUCAGUCGUGCUGCUCAGGCCUUCCAUAAGCGGUGUUGCGAUGUGAUGGCUGAACUAACCGCCGAAAUGCGUGCACCGAAAUGGGAAACCACAUCUUUGGAAUCCAUUCUUUAG